AUGUCCAGCAUCCAGUUCGACCCUGCAACAGAUAUCCCAGACCAGUCCGGGAGGGUCUUCCUCAUCACAGGUGGUACCACCGGUCUUGGAGCGUCCACAGUUUCUUUCCUGCCCUCCCAUAAUCCUGCACACAUCUUCUUCAGCGGUCGCAACAAAGCCCGCGCCGAUGAACUCAUCUCGAAGAUCUCAAAAUCCUCGCCCUCCACCAAGAUAACGUUCAUAGAAUGCGACCUCGCCAGCCUUGCUUCAGUUCAGUCCGCUGCCAAGCAGGUUCUCUCACUAACCAACCGCCUCGAUGUCUUGAUAUGCAACGCCGGUAUCAUGGCCACGCCAUCCGAGCUGAGCAAAGACGGCUACGAACUACAAUUUGCCACCAACCACCUCGGCCAUGCCCUUUUGAUGAAGCUCCUCUUACCACUAAUGCUGGAGACGACAGCGCAACCCAAUCCAGACGUCCGCAUUGUCAAUCUCUCCUCUGUGGCAUACAAGGCCGGUGGACCAUCCUCCGGCAUCGAGUUCUCCAAGCUCAAAACUAAAAACGCCAGCUACGGACCCUUCUACAACCCCAUGAAGUGGGUAUACUACAAUCAAUCCAAGCUAGCCAAUCUGCUCUACUCAGUCGAGCUUGCCGCACGACACCCGAGUAUCACGUCCGUUGCGGUGCACCCGGGCUUCAUCAAGACGGAUCUACUUGUGCAUAUCAACUCUAUGGAUCGCCAGGUUAUAAAUUUGCUCUCUCACGGCGAUUGGCGGACGGCGGUUACGGGCGCGUAUAAUCAGACGUGGGCGGCUACUACGCAGAAGGAGAAUUUGGUCAAUGGGGCGUAUUAUGAGCCGGUUGGUGUGAAGACGGUUCCAAGUACGAGGCAGGGUAGGGAUAGGGCGUUGGCGAAGGAGUUAUGGGAGUGGACGGAGAGGGAGUUGAAAGACUGGAAUUAG